GACCAAGAAAAUAUUAAAAAACUCCGCCAGCCAGCCAGCCAGAUAACCUCGCGCAGUCAUCUUCUCCCCCUUUCCACUUUGAGAUUUCUUUCCCACCAAGACUUGAAAGAUCCCCCUUGCACAUACAUAUACACACAGAUACACACACAAUUCUAUCUUGACCAUGGCUGACCAAUCCGAUGACUUGGACCAACUUCUUGACAGCGCUUUGGAUGAUUUUCAGACCCUCAAUCUCACUUCUUCUGCUCAAAGAAGUGGAGAUGGAGGAAACAAGGAAUAUAGUGGGACUUCUAUGAUUGGUGGUGGAGUACAAGGGCUAGGGAUGGGUUUGCCUGAUUUAAAAAGCAAGAAAAUGGGGAAGCAGAAGGUGGUUAAGGAGUCUCACCAUGUUUCGGAGGCUCUCGACAAGCUUAGAGAGCAGACGAGGGAGACUGUCAGGGGGUUGGAGUCUAUCACCGCUCCAAUGCCCGAGUUUGGUAAUGAUGCAAUGAUGGAAGAUUGGGUCAAGCAGUUUGAGGAGCUUGCUGGUUCUCAGGACAUGGACUCUAUCAUGGAGACAAUGAUGCAACAGCUUUUGUCUAAAGAUGUGCUUCAGGAUCCAAUGAAAGAAAUUGGUGAAAGAUAUCCAAAAUGGUUGGAAGACCAUAAAGCUACAUUAACCAAAGAAGAUUAUGAUCGGUACUUCCACCAGCAUGAGCUCAUAAAGGAACUAAAUGGAGUUUACGAAACUGAGCCAGGAAACUUCAACAAGAUUGUUGAGCUCAUGCAGAAGAUGCAGGAGUGCGGCCAACCUCCUAAUGAUAUUGUGCAAGAGCUUGCUCCUGAUUUUGACAUUUCAACUCUUGGCCAAUUAUCUCCAGAGAUGCUCGAUUCUCAAGAAAAUUGUUGUAUUAUGUGAGAAGACUAAGAGUAUAUUUGUUGCUUCUAUCUUGUCCUUUGGAAUUUCCAUUGUACUUUAUAUAAUUUGCAAGCAACAAGUAAGAAUAAAUGUUAUUGUUUGGAGUA